AUGAAUAAAGUGGACGUGGCAGCAAUUGCAGCUACUGUGCAAGAGUUUUAUCAAACAAAUAAUGCAGAGCGUCGAAAACAGUUGGACGAGGACCUUUGUCAGUUCAAAGAUAGAUUCUCCUGCGAUGAUACGGUAGCCGCCUGUAUCUUGUUGAUGGGUGGUCGAUACCCAGCAAAUGUGCAAUAUUUCGGAGCUAUAUCAUUGUAUGAGACCAUCAGACAGCGAUAUGAAGAAUGCGUGGCAAAUAUCGCUCUUAUGGAAGUGCUGAAGUCGUUUCUUAUCGAAAAUCUCACGUCAAGUGCUCAUGUCCAACUGCAGUCCAUCACGAACAAAUUAUCAUCUGCACUAGCUAUAUUGUCUCUAUACUGCAUCCCGGAUGUAUGGCCUGACCCUGUGGCAACUCUCACAAACAUCUGGGCAGCACAGCCGGAACUGCUGCUGAGGUUGCUUUCAGGAUUCGCAUGUGUAGAUAGCCCGACCACUAAUUGCACUACAUUCAGAGUACUUGCUGAGAUUGCCGCUGAAUUUUCGAACAUCAAAAUGCCGCUCACUCAGCGAAGCAAGUUGAAAACUGAACUUCACAGAACUUCUGAGGACAUCAUUCGCAUCAUUUCUACUGUCAUGGGAGCUGAUGAUGCCUCUCCGUCCACCCGACAAGCUGCUGUUGAGUGUGUUGAACAGUGGAUCAAAUUGCCCGGGGUUGGAUUGCAGCAGUGGGCUUCCGUCUUAUCCGUAGUUUUUGGAGCAGUUGCCGAGGACAGUGCCGCUCUAACAAAUCUGCUCAAUAUUCUUGCUGCUAAUGAUGAAUUAGCAUCCACCGAUCAGCUGGUCAAUGAUUUAUGUCAUUAUAUCACAACCACUGUUGCUCAGAAGCUGUCGACAGAUAUUGCUGAAGACGUUGACAGUGAUGAGCUCGUGUCUCUCGUUUCUGCCAUAUGCACCGUCGCAGUCACUGCUAUACCAACACUUCUUAAGAAUGCAAGGAAGAACGGGCCUGAACUGCUUUGGUGAGU